GCGGCCGGCUGGAGCGAUGCGGCUGCCCGGUGAGGGGCCGCCGGCCAAGCGGCCGAAAGCGAUGCUCCCAGCGCGCCCUGCCGUGCAGCCCCGCGGGCCGCCGCCCGUCGAGCAGCAGCGCCGCAGCCUGCCCAUCUUCCCGGUGCGGGGCCGGCUGCUGGGCCACAUCCGCGGCCUCGACAGCGCCGUCGUCAUCGGAGAAACAGGCUCGGGGAAGACCACCCAGAUCCCUCAGUACCUCUACGAAGCAGGAAUUGGCCGCCAAGGCACCAUCGCUGUGACCCAGCCCCGGCGAGUAGCAGCGAUAGCCUUAGCUACCAGAGUCUCAGAUGAGAAGAAGACAGAGCUGGGAGGCCUGGUUGGCUACAGUGUCCGCUUCGACGACCUGACGUCUGAUGAAACCAGAAUCAAGUUUUUAACAGAUGGAAUGCUGCUUCGGGAAGCCAUUGGAGACCCCCUGAUGCGGAAGUACAGCGUUGUCAUCCUGGAUGAAGCCCAUGAGAGGACGAUCCACACCGAUGUGCUCUUUGGAGUGGUGAAAGCCGCACAAAAGAAACGGAGGCAACUGGGCAAGCUGCCACUAAAAGUGAUCAUCAUGUCAGCAACGAUGGAUGUUGACCUGUUCUCUGAGUACUUCAAUGGAGCUCCUGUCCUCUAUUUAGAAGGCAGGCAGCAUCCCAUUCAGGUCUUUUACACCAGACAGCCUCAGAGUGAUUACCUGCAAGCAGCACUGGUGACAGUCUUCCAAAUCCACCAGGAAGCACCCUCUUCUCAGGACAUCCUGGUGUUUCUGACUGGCCAGGAAGAAAUUGAAGCAAUGACCAAAACCUGCCGAGACAUUGCCAAGCAUCUCCCUGACGGCUGCCCACAGAUGCUGGUGAUACCUCUUUAUGCUUCUCUGCCCUACUCUCAACAACAUCGCAUCUUUCGGGCUGCCCCCAAGGACUGUCGCAAAGUGAUCCUGUCCACCAACAUCGCAGAAACCUCCAUCACCAUUCCGGGAAUAAAAUAUGUUGUGGACACAGGCAUGGUCAAAGCAAAGAAGUACAGACCCGAAACUGGUCUGGAAGUGUUGGCAGUCCAGUGGGUGUCAAAGGCCCAGGCUUGGCAACGCACAGGGAGAGCAGGGCGAGAGGACAGUGGGAUCUGUUACCGGCUCUAUACAGAGAAUGACUUUGAGAAGUUGAGCCAGAUGACAGUACCGGAGAUACAGAGGUGUAACCUGUCCAGUGUGAUGCUUCAGCUCCUGGCCCUGAGAAUUCCCAAUGUACUCACCUUUGACUUCAUGUCCAAACCAUCUCCUGAGGCUAUUCAAGCAGCAAUUGAGCAGCUGGUCCUGAUGGGAGCUGUGGAACGAAAGGACAAUCAGUUUGUCCUGACCCCCCUGGGAAAGAAGAUGGCAGCUUUUCCACUGGAACCAAAGUUCUCUAAGACCAUCCUCCUGUCCCCCAAGUUCCACUGUACAGAGGAGAUCCUGACCAUCGUGUCCCUGUUAUCCGUGGACAGCGUCCUCUACAAUCCCCCUGCUCGGCGGGAUGAAGUGCAAUCUGUCAGGAGAAAAUUCAUCUCCAGUGAGGGGGAUCAUCUUACCCUGCUCAGCAUUUACAGGGCCUUCAGGAAUGUCAAUGGCAACAAGGGAUGGUGCAGAGAGAACUUCAUCAACAGCAGGAACAUGAUGCUUGUGUCAGACGUCAGAGCUCAGCUCAGAGACAUCUGUGUGAAGCUCUCAAUGCCGAUCGAGUCCUCCCGCUCGGACACUGGGAACAUCCGCCGCUGCCUGGCCCACAGCCUCUUCAUGAACGCCGCGGAGCUGCAGCCGGACGGCUCCUACCGCACCGUGGACUCCCACCAGGCAGUGGCCAUCCACCCCUCCUCUGUGCUCUUCCACUGCAAGCCAGCCUGCGUGGUGUACAACGGGCUGCUCCACACCAACAAGUGCUACAUGCGGGACCUGUGCGUGGUGGAUGCAGACUGGCUCUAUGAGGCAGCGCCUGACUACUUCCGCAGGAAGCUCCAAGUGGCCAAGAACUGAGCUGUGGGUCUGGCACCAGCAGCUCUGGGGGGUUUGGGACUGGUUUUUGGUUUGUAAGGAAUGGAUGGGAAUGGUGGAGCUUUGCCUAGGUCAAACCCUUAGAGGAAAAGUGCUUCAUGAGAGACAGACCUCACAAGUGUCCGUGGCUUACAGCAAUCAUCCUUUUAACAGGUGAGCUCUAAAAGGGGAGCGUGCUCUGUGUACAGGGUGUGGGAUAAAUCUAUCCCAGGAGGGGAGCUGGUAUCAGAUUGCAGUUUUUAACAGGCUUGUGGAUAAAGAAAUAAAACCCUAAGAGCACUCUUGGUGUAUUUUAUGAUUGUGCUUGUGUCCUCAGCAGCUUUUACUGCAGUAAAUAAAUGAAGCAAGUUGUAAAUGUCUACAUACAGGGGAAAAAUGCUUCUUUUUACUGUUUCUAGAAGGGAGGCGCUACUGUCUUUUACCUCCUCAGUCAUCUUCCUGCCUUCUUGUCAUGUUGCUAUCUUGGGACCACACAAAGGCCAGUAAUGGCCUGUUCCUAGGCAGGGUGAUCCUGGAUGCCUGCAGGUGUGUGUUGGAGAUGGACGCGCAUCCCUUUGUUGUGCCUCUUUGCAGUGUUGUUCUCUGGUGGCUUGAAAAGAAGAAGGAAAAAGAAGAGGUGGGUGGGCACAGGCAAAACUUGCUACUUCUGUAUGUGUGAGCUGGGCCCUUUUGGGUUGGUAUUUGCAGAGUGUGCAGCUAUUUCAGUUGUUCUCACUUGAAUUGCAGGGAAUUAUUAAAGCACUGCAUCUGUUUCUUGGGUUUACAGACUUUGCAGCCCUAGGGGAAAAUGUAACAUGAAAUAUGUAAUAUGUAAUGUAUAUGAAAUGUAA